AUGUUGGUCAGCAAGGACAAUCUUUACGCCUUUACGCUGCACUAUUCACAGCAGAACGUGAACAAGGUGUCGCUUUACCAGAGCCCCAUCACGUUUUCCAGUGUGUUUGGAGUGAACAACAACAUAUUACCUUAUAAUCCUCCAACAACGGAAGGGUUUCAGGCGCUGAAUACCAUAUGGCCGAACACGAUGGUAUUCAACCACGACGAAUCCUUCAUUUGGCUUACAGACGCCAGUUUCUACGUCUGGAACUAUGAAAUUUCCACCGGAAAACUUUACUUCAGCAACUUCCAGUUUGCCAGCACGUGCUACAGCCAGUCCUAUUCUAGCGUUAUAAUAUCGACUUCGAUGACGCCAGACGACAACUACAUGGUGGUCAGCUGCACUACCGCGUUGUACCUGGUCAACUUGCAGUCUUGGACCUCUACGCAGAUCUUUUCUUACGCUUCGGCGGUAGGCAUAGCCAACAAUGCUUUCCACCCCGAUUACAUCAUCAUACAAGACCAGGCCAACGGAAGGCUUGUUUCUUACCAGAUUUCUACCGGAUCGACCACGACUCUGUCGUCCGACCCGCUGUUCUCCAAAACCAGGCUGAAUUUGAUAGUCACCCCCCCGUGCUCCGUUAACAAGAAUAUUCGCUUCAUGGUGUUUCGUCGCUGGGAUUCGAUCAGCUACGUUGACGUCGAUGUAUCUUCCACCUCCCCUUGCACCACUUGCCCUGUGUGGUACAAUCGGACCGCGUGCAAAGAUUUGGACUUCGGAAGCUGCUUUCCUUGCAUCUUUUGCGGGCCGGCAUCGUACACGAGCGACUGCUCCGCAACGAAUGUGCAAAGCUCUGUUACCGUUGAACCCAGCAUGUCUGCGGCUCCGACUCACAGCGGCGGCCGGGCGCCUCCCUUUCCAUAG